GACCGGAAGUAACCCAGUGCCAUGAGACGCAACUUUCGGUUGUCGUUUUUGCUAGGUUUUGUGCUGCUCUUCGUUUCUUUCGUAUGGUUUUGUCUUCACUGGCAAAUACAGAAUAUGAAGAAGUUUUUCGAAGACCUUAAAAAAGACCUCACGUUUAAGUCUGCGGGACCCGGGAAGAAGUUAACAGAAGAUACGAGCACCAAACCGCAGGUGGUGCAGAGCGACUCCAGCUCCAACCAGAACAGCCAUGCUCCCGGUGAAGGAGCCCAGAGGGCAGGAGCCGCAGCCCUGGCCAGAAUUGAGCAGAAGCCGAGGCCGAAAGUGCACGCGUCCAAGGCGAUCAGGAACCAGGUUAAAAGAGAACUGGAGGCUGAGGCAGCGGCCGUGGCUGAAAAAGACGAGGCGUCUGCAGCAGAGGGAUCCAGAGUGAAAGAGGCCACCUGCCUGUCUGUGUCCGGUGUUUAUUUCAUUUGUCCUUUCACCGGAGCAAUGUUAACCAAAAGUGAACGGGAGGCUCACAUCAAACAGGCCAUUUUAAUGCGCUUUGACGAGGAUGUGAUUGAAGCGUCUGUUAUGAUGAUCCACACGUUUAACAAGGACAGAGAGAAGGUGAAGGCAGCUGUGGACAUCAUAAGCAAAUAUGUUGAAAAUAUAUGUAAGAACCCCACAGAGGAGAAAUACAGGAAGAUUAAAGUCCGCAACAAGGUGUUCCAGGAAAAGAUUUUUCUUGUUGAGGGCUGUCAAGAGUUUCUGCAGGCUUUGGGCUUCAUGAGCGUUCUGCUUCCUGUUGAGGGCCGAGAGGAAGAAGAGGAGUUUCUGGUGUUACCAGAGCAGAGUGCUGACGCUCUGGAGCUAAUGAUGGAGCGCAGGGAUCGCCUCCAGAGAGGAGAGCCGGUCAGAGCGCAGCUGGACCGGCAGGCUCAGGCUGUUAGGCCUUCUCCUAACGCCCAGCGCUUUGAGCUUCCACCAGAGUUCUACAAGCUGACGGCAGAGGAGCUCAAGCGGGAGCAACAGCUCAGGACUACGUUAGUGGCGAAGAACGCCAUGCUUCGCACUAAAGCCAUGAGGGAGAAGGAGAACCGGAGGGAGAGAGGGAAAUACAACUACACCCUUCUCAGGAUCCGACUGCCUGAUGACAACCUGCUGCAAGGCACGUUUUACGCCUGGGACCGGCUGCCUGCUCUCUUUGAAUUUGUACGAGAGUCUCUGGUGGACGGCUGGCAGCCCUUUGAGCUCAUCGCUCCAGGAGGUCAGAAACUGCAGGAGUCCGAGGAGCUCUCGCUUGCAGAAUCUAACUUGGUCCCUGCUGCCCUGCUCACAUUUGCCUGGGAUGCAGCUGUGCAGGCUGACAUCGCUGCUGCAGGUGAGAAGAGCCCCACCCUCCUGAAACCAGAGCUGAUGGAGAACAUCCGAACGCUGAACUGAGAAGUCCCGCCGAUUACCCCUCCCCAUUUCCUUACCCCGUGCUGGGAGGAAACUGUUACGUCUAGUGAUGCAUUUAUUUUUACAAAUUAUAAUCAACGAUAGAACGUGGGGGAGCGUCGCCUGGAUGGAUGAGCUUUGAGUAUAUUUUUGUCCUCGGAUGAUAUCAGCAGCAUUAUGAACACACAAACAUCAAAUGUUUGUUUUUGUUGUUACGUACUGAACCCUGUUCAAGUCACGAAAGCUUCAUUUUGUUCCCAUCAGCAAACUGUGCUGCUCAUCAGUGCCGUGGUUUUAUGGAAGUCUGGAUGUGAUCUGUUCAGUGUUCAAGGUGGAUUUUAGUGUUGAUGGUCCGGCUUCUCCUCCCAUUUAUGCUGUACAACACAUUUACAUCAAGACCAGCUAAUAUGAUCAUCUUCUGGCUUAUCGCUGAUAAAUCUUAGAGCAGUUCAGAUUUGCUUCAAUCUGAUCAGUCAUUAGCACUUUAAAGGAACGGUUCUAGCUGUAAAGAAAACUAAAUUUAAACAUCAAACCAAAAAAAGUGUAAUUGUUGAAAGUUAGGAAUAAUCCUCAAUGACCAACCCCCUCUGGCUUGAACAUAAUCACAAACUGCUUUUUUCUCCAAACCUUUAGAGAACAUAUUUUUAUGCCAGCUUUUAUUUUGGACACUUCCUUGACAUUUGAAACAUGCAGAACCUGUAAUACUAAUUCAAAAUUACACUAAUGAUUUUAUUUUACAUAGCUAGUGUGAAAUUAAAAUAAAUUGUCGUUAUUAAAUAUAUAUUUGAACUUGCGCAAUAGAAAACAAGUUUAUUACAGCACUAUAGAUUAAUGCUGUCUGGGUUAAAUUUGGUAGAUAAUGAACCUGUGAUCGGAAGGUUGCAGGUUCAAAUCCCCAGAUUGGCUCAUACAAUUUGGGUGGGAAAAGUUAAGCACUUAUUUGCUUCCACCCUUUUUGGCCCUACCGUGGGCCCUUAACCCUCCAGCUGCUCCCCAGCACCUGAAGUAGCAGCUCUGCUCCACGUGUGAUGAGAAAAGACUGAAUCAAUUUCCCCAUUAGGGAUUAACAAAGUAAACAUUGUUUAAAUGUAAUAUUGCCACAGUAAUUUAUUGAAAAGUGUUAAAACUUGACCCCUUCAAGUUUCAUCAUGGUUGGUUAAGAUGACUCAUCAUUCAAAGUCGUAAAAUCCUUGAGUUGUGGGCAACCGUGAAAGAAUUGGAUCUAAAGACAGUAUUUGCAUCUGAUCAAGUUACAAGAUAAAAAUAAUGUAUUUGUGCACAUCUUGAGCAUCUACCAUUGAUUUGUUUGACGUGGCUGUAUCCGUGACCAGAUGUGUCACAGGAGGGUUGAAAUCCUUAAAAUGUGACUUGUGUUAAAGAGCAUUGUGAUUUAAAUACGCUUUGUUGCUUCUGAAGCUGCCUGGAUGACCACG